UGGCAUUUUCUCCAUCACCUGUUUUCGUCUCCUCGACUCCUCGUUUCUCUUCCUUCCUUGUCGUCGAAGGCUUUCACCGAUCGUUUUCUUGCGUUUUCCCUUUCUCUGUUUGUUCCCGUCGAAAUUUUCGGGCGUGGAGUGCGUUUGAUCACGAUUCUGUCGGGAUUUGCGGUAUCGCUUUUCACUAAGGGUUUGAUCGCUGUGUUGGUCGAAUCCUGAUGGAGGCUGUCUCUUCCCUUGCGUUCAAGGGCUCGAUUCCUGAAGCUAUCUUUGAAGCCAAAAGGCAGAAGAAGCUUUUUGUUGUCUAUAUCUCUGGGGAAGAUGCAGAGUCGGCUAAGCUGAGCGAAUCUACAUGGGCUGAUGCAAAGGUAGCAGAAUCGCUGUCAAAGUGCUGUGUUCUGUUGCAUAUCAAAAGUGAAAGUGCCGAUGCCGCCAACUUUUCCGCGAUAUACCCAUAUUCUUCUGUCCCUUGCAUAGCUGCUAUUGGAUUCAACGGUGCACAGGUUUGGAGAAAUGAGGGAUUCCUCACUGCUGAGGUUCUGGCUUCCAGUUUGGAAAAGGCGUGGUUGAGUCUUCACAUCCAGGAAACUACUGCAAAUAUUCUUUCUGCUGCACUUGUGUCUCAGAAAUCAGAUGUGUCAUCAUCUAGGGUUCCUGAUGUGGCUUUGCCUUCUGAAGGAGGUUCUUCAGAUGCAGCUGUUGCAUCUCCAUCAACAGGCUUGAGUGUCCAACCUUUAGAGAGGGAGUUAACGGUAACGUCCGGGUCAACGAAAGGAAAGGCUGCCUGCAAAAAUGUAGAAAAGGUUGUGGACAACAAAGAUUGUUCGAAAUCUGUCGAAUCCAGUAACUCGGAUGAUAUUGCCAAUGACCAGCCAGCAACUUCUGUUGAAACAGCUAAAGACUUUGGCAAUGUUGAGCUUAAAGAGACGUCGUUGCAUUUUGAGGCAGAGAAGGAGCUACUUCGUCCUGAAACGGCAAUACUGAAACAUGAUGCCUCUGGAAACAGUGCUGUCCGUGAUUCAUGUGCUGGUGAAAGAGACAUUAAGUCAGUAAAUUUGAUAGGUACAGAGAAAGCAGCAAACUCCGUGGACGAUGGAGCAGAUGAUAAGGGUACCAAGAAAAAGGACAGUGUCUUGUCAGUCGAAACAUCAUCUGAUGUUCAUCUAAAUAUCCGGUUGCCUGAUGGUGCUAGCCUUCGAGAGAAGUUCUCUGUGACAAACACAUUGGGAAUGGUCAAGGACUAUGUGAGCAGUAACCAAACCAAUGGAAUCAGUGCUUUUGAUCUCGCUAUUCCUUACCCGCGGAAGGUGUUUAAUGAUCAAGAUAUGGACAAAUCUCUAUCCGAAGUGGGCUUGUUCAACAGACAAGCUCUGAUAGUAGUACCGCGUCAAAGAGCCACCAUGGCCAACUCCACCCAUACAAGAGCUACAGCUACCGACUCACGAUCUGAAAACCCAAACAACGUCGGCUACUUUGCAUUUGUCAGAAGGCUGAUAUCUUACGCGAACCCGUUCUCGUAUUUCAGCGGUGGUGCCAGCUCAUCGAGCUCCGGACCAGAGUCCCAAACCAGUAUGUGGGAGUACCGUCCAAAUCCAGGGUUAAGAAACAACCUUGGGCAAAUGGGUAGACAAGACAGAGAUUCCUCCUCGACGAGAGAUAUGUCAGAAGGUACAAGCAAUGUCCGGAACAGGAGACAGACCACGUCCAGGAUAGGGACCAACAUUCAUACUCUGAAGCACGAUGAGGACGACGAUGUCCCGUUCGGAGGUGGAAACACGUUCUGGAACGGAAACUCUACACAGUAUGGAGGCGACAAUAACGAUAACAGGCGAUAAGUUUGUUUGCCCUUUCGAUGCUUUUUUGGUAUCGCCUUUUUCUGCAGGACGCUAUCCUCUGGAGCCGUAGUUGCCAAACCACAUAUGGUACAUGGACACUCCAUUGUUGAUGGCUUUUGUCAGAAUAAGAACUUGGAUAUGUUAAGACUCUGUGCGUGUUAAUGUAUGUCUUUUACUUGUUCCUUACGGUAAUCGGUUGACACUAAUCUUUUGAAAAGAGAUUAUAUAAGUUCUCUUAAUGGUAGGAAAUAUUAUUAGAAAAUCUUCCUCA